AUGGAAGAAUUGAUAGAUGAAGAGGUGGGAGAAAUUGAAGAAGACAAAGCCAUCACUACGUUUCCCAGACUAAAGUAUUUGACAAUAGUUCAUUUACCGAAGCUAGUGAAAAUAAGCAGUUGUGUAUUAGAUUUCCCUCAUCUGCCAAAGGUUCACUUAAUGGACUGUCCAAAUUUGAAGAGGCUUCCAUUCAAGCCCGAUAUCAUCAACAACCAAGGCCUAUUGAUUAAAUGUGAGAAGAAAUGGUGGGAGAUAUUAGAGUGGGAUGAUGCCACUAUACAAUCCCAAUUUUGCUCAAAUAGCACAGAAGAGGAAGAAAUUGCAGAAUUUUUUGAUGAAGCAGUUGGAAUGAUCGGCAUAUGCGGGAUGGGAGGUGUAGGCAAGACCACACUCUUGAAAAAAAUAAAUCAAUCACUAUUAGAUGAUGCAAACAUGGGAUUUAAUCAUGUGCUAUUUAUCGAAGCUUCAAAAGAUAUUCAGCUGAAAGAACUUCGAAAAAAGAAUGCUAAAGGCUUGCAAUUGGAACCUUUUGCCGGUAAAGAAGAUAUCUUCAAUGUUUUAAAAAGUAGCAACUUUGUAUUGCUUUUGGACAAUAUAUGGGAAGAAAUGUGUGCCACGAUGGGUGCAGAAGAAAUGAUCAUCAAAGUGGAAUGCUUGGAACCAGAUGAAGCAUGGGAUCUUUACAAGGACAAUGUUAUCGAGUCAAAUGAAAAUUUUAAAAAAAUAGCAUGGCAGAUGAUGAGAAAGUGUGGUGGUUUGCCACUUGCUCUGAAAGUGAACUCAGCAAAGAAAUCAGGAACUGAAAUAGUUCAAGGUGUGCAGGAAUCAUUACUUCCGAUUUUGAAAUUCAGUUAUGAUAAUCUACCUCGAAAUAUUCAGGAGUGUUUCUUGUGUGCUUCCAUUUUGCGAUGGCUAUAUAAAGAUGAUUUGUUAGAAUUAUGGAUGGGUUUAGGCAUAAUCGGUGAUUUUGUCAAUUUACAACAAGCUUAUGACAAAGCAGAAUAUAUCCUCGAGAUUUUAGAGGAAUCAUGUUUAUUGUAUUUUUCUGAUGAUAGUGGUGUGCACUUGCACAAAGUAAUUUAUGAGAUGGCAACGUGGAUAGCAUCAGACUAUAGGAGGAACAUGAAUAAAUGGAUAGUGAAAAGUUAUGAUUGGUUCGCAGUUGAAAAACCAUCAAUCAAUGCAGAGAAUUGGAUAUUCGCAAGCCGAGUGAUUAUAAGUGGCGAGGUGGAGCUUUUGCCAAUUUUGUCUCAACAGUGCUAUGAUUUGUUGUGUUUAAUGAUAAGGAAUAGUCAUAAUUUGAUAAAUAUUCCUGAAGGAUUUUUCAGACAAAUGCCAAAUUUGAUAUAUUUGUAUCUUUCAGGAACUGGCAUCAAAGAGCUUGCAAAGGACAUCAAACAUUUGGCUAAUUUACAAUGCCUAAACAUUUCAUUCACUUGGAUCUCAUCACUUCCAAGGAGUUGGCAUAUUUGA